AUGUUCAGGGGCCGUGUCCAAGAUGGGCGUCUCUACACUGUCUAUGGCAAGGAAGAAUAUGGCUUCCCCAUGGACGACCAGGAAUUAGACAGGAUAGAUCUCUGCCAUGCCAAAUACUACGCGCUGCUAGAUAAGAAACGUUUCCUGGCACCGAUACCAUCACAUCCUCAGAAGGUACUCGAUCUCGGCUGCGGCACUGGUGAGCGCCCUCACUGGCAACCUCCUGGCCUCUGGUGGUCGGCUAACACUGCAGCUCCUGAGGUGAUAGGAAUCGACAUUGCGCCGACCCAGCCGGAGUGGGUGCCGCCCAACUGCCGGUUCGAGCUCAACGACAUGGAGCAGCCCUGGACGUGGCCCGAGAACCACUUUGACUUUAUCUUUGCGCGCGACCUGAUCCUGUCCGUGCGGGACUACCCCAAGCUGAUAGAUGAGAUCUACAGACACCUCAAGCCCGGCGGCUACGUCGAGUUCCAGUCCGUCACAGGCACGAUCCAGUGCGACGACGGCACCCUGCCCCCGGACCCCACCGGCAGCGCCCUGCGCAGCCUCAGCGAGCACCUGCGCGUCGCGGCCGCCAAGUUCGGCGCGCCCGUCGACGACCCGGCCCGCUGGCGCGCCUGGCUCGCGGGCCGCGGGUUCGAGUGCCCCGCGGCGCAGGAGCACGUCUACAAGGUGCCCGUGAACCCGUGGCCGCGCGACCAGCGGCUCAAGCUCGUGGGCGCCUUCGAGCAGGAGAACCUGCUGUCGAACCUCACGGGCAUGACGCUGCGGCUGUUCCGGCGCGCGCUGGGCUGGUCCGCGGCCGAGGUGGACGCGUUCAACGCCGGGGUGCGCAGGGAGGUGAGGGACUGGCGCUAUCAUGCCUAUUGGCCUUUGUGA